AUGGGGAUUACAACGUUCGAAGGUCUAAAUAAUGACGUUGUCUGCCUCAUCCUGGACAAGACGCUGAAGCCAUAUCCUCCUGGCAUUGAUAGUGAAACGAUUGCAAGAUUUGCAUGCGUUUCAUCUCGCUACGCAAAUCUGGUGAAGGAGCGCGGCUGGGAGCGCGCAUGCAGGAAUGCGCUGCCAGAUGUGUGUGAGAUCCUGCUGAGGGGAGACAAGGAGAGCCCGGGAGAUGCAGGUCUGAUCCGCAACAAGAGUCCGUUCUUCCUGCUCAGCAACUAUGAAAGUGGCUCCUGUCAUGUUGUCCAAAGCACGUACACGGAAUGGAUUACACAGCGUGCGACAUGGAACGUCUGGGAAGCGGUCCCCAAAGCACAGAGAGAUGUAACGUUUCCGCUACAGGAUACAAACGUUGCGAUAGCAAAGGUCUACCGAGGCAUGGUAGCUGACGUCAGCGCCCUCGCUCCUGGCUUUGCGCACAAACGGGGCGACAAAACAAUCUGCGAAGACGAGCCGGCUGCUUUGAAUGUCGACCGCAAGGCAGCACUGAAGAUGCCAGCAGCAAAACAGUGCCCCUUUUGUGCAAAGCCGAUGCAGCGCAUCUCGUCCCGCUUCCACAGCGAAAGCUUUCGCGAUUCGUUUGGCGCAGCAUACGCAGAAUUCCACAUCUGCUCUUCUGGACACGUCUACGGAAUGAGUGCGGUGAAGGUCUACCCCAGCAGGAGAACCGACGCCUCCGAUUAA